CCCAGUCUUUCCAGUCAGGGCGUAGGGCUCCUGCACACAACAUGGAUACCUCUGCUGUCCCUCUUCUAGACUACAGCCUGCAGUUCCAGUGGUGCUCCGACUCAGACCUGUCCAGCCUCUCCUCUGCGGAAACCCUCUCUCCCGUCCACUCCAUGGACUCCAGCCUCUCCCCUUCUUACCAGCAGCCUCCGCAGUCCACUCCCAAGGCAGACAAAAGGGGAUAUUCCCAGGAUCUCAGGUCCUCGCCGUGCUCCCUGUCCGGCCGGGGCCGAAAGUCGGGCCGAGCGGCCCGGAUCCGCAGCAAGCAGAGGGAGAGCGCCAGUGAGAAGGAGAAGCUGAGGAUGAGGGACCUGACCAAAGCGCUACAUCACCUGAGGUCCUACCUUCCGCCCUCGGUGGCCCCUGCCGGACAGACUCUGACGAAGAUAGAGACCCUCCGCCUCACCAUCCGUUACAUUUCCUACCUGUCCGCCCAGCUGGGCCUCAGUGAGGAGGCUCUGUUCCAGAGGAGGGAGCAGGGAGACACCUCGGCCAGUGACCCCUCCUCUCCCGACAUCAUGAGCUACUUUCAGAACGCGUCCACGGGAGGACAGAUUGAGAGCCCCAACCCCAACCAAAGCCUCUACCCGGCCCAGUGUUACAGCCAGAACCCCCUGCUGCAUUCUGGGGAUUGUAGUUUUGGACUGGCUCGCUUGAGCAGGCAGGAAAGCGAGGUUCUUCAGGGAGACGUGAGCGCGGACUCAAAUCUGCUGUUGCCUCCGACAUCGCAGCCGUCCUGCCAGAUGUGUGGCAAAAACUUCUGCGUUCCACUGGUUCCAAGAGAGUACUGGGGGAGCAGGCUCCCCGUCCCCUCUCAUUAUCCUUAUCCGUGCUCCACCAGCGACAGACUGACAAGCCCACCUCUCCCAGAAGAGCUUUCCACCGCAGGAUCGGCCACAGAAUCAGCUCAGCCCGCCAUGGAGAUGCCCCUCUGUUCUCACGUCCAGCUCCAGGAAGACGCUUUUCUGUUCGACUGCGAGCCUGUUCUCGACAAAUCUCUCUAUCACGAUCCGGCCUCAGACCCCGGUUAUGUCAGCGCAGGCAGCAGCCUGUCUCCGACCUCGACCGUGGACUCUUUCUGCUUCUCCCCCGCCUCCAUGCAGGCCGUGGGAAGCGAGCAAGAUGCUUUGGACAGUUUUCUCUUCAGCACACUGGAGUCUUAUCCCACCAACCAGGCGCAGGCCCCACUUAGCUCCCGUUCCUCCUCUGUAAACACCUCCUGUGCGAAAAAGUCCAGGUCGAGGUAUCCCGGUAAGAAGCGCCAGACGGCCAGCGAGAGGGAGAAGCUGAGGAUGAGGGAUCUGACCAAAGCCCUGCACGAGCUCAGGACAUACCUGCCUCCCUCUGUGGCGCCGGCCGGACAGACCCUGACCAAAAUCGAGACGCUGCGCCUCACCAUCCGCUACAUCUCCCACCUCUCAGCCCAGCUGGGCCUCAGCGAGGAGGUGCUGGAACAAAGAAGGACCUCGGGUUUGGAAGAGCAGAUCCAAACCCUCAGUCAGUUCCUGGGUCAGCCCUCAGCUAGCUACAGUCCACAGGAGUCAACCUGCAACCCUGUGAGUGGGGAACAGCUGUCCUCUAUGCAGAGCCCAUGUCAGGUUUUGAGGGAAGUGUGCCACUCCAGUGAGCAGGACUGGAUGCUUCAGCAACAACCCCAAACCUUUGCCUUCCCUGGCCAGUGCUGA